AUGUCCGGCGGAAAAACACCACUGGAGCUCCUGUCGGGAUCCUUCUCCAAGACGUGGCUGCACGACAAGUGGGCCCCUGGCGUUGGUGGAAUUUUGGGCUUCAUGGGUGUGUGCUACGUGAACUGGGGUACCAGUCGGCCACUGCUGAGCGGAAUUCAAAAGCAUGUUGUUGCAACAGUCGGCCUAGCUGCAUUGGCCUUGACGGUGGAUAAAUGGAGGAAUCAGUAUCUGGCGGAAAAGGAUGCUACCCUACGUCACUACGUUGAAUUGCAUCCAGAGGAUUUCCCAACACCCGAACGCAAAAAAUACGCUGAUGUCUUCGAAUAUUGGCAACCAAUUCGUUAAUCGCCUUUAUAUCGAGUAGAUUCAGCUCGGAUCAGUAACCUACUCAAAAUCUAACCUAGUUUCAAUCCAAAAUACCGUUACACCCAUGUAAACCAGCAGCGGAUGUGAACAAAAAAUAUACACCAUUGUAAAAUAGUAAUAAG